CUAGAUCACGUGACCAAAUAACAACAAACCAAAAUGGAGAAAAUGGAGCAAAUUUGUUGGGUUUUACUUAUAUUUUGCAUCUGCAGUGCUGCACCACAGGACAUUUUUGAUAGAGUCCUUGGUGAUGAUCAACCUUGUAAUGAAGUCUGUGAAAAUACAUACCCUCAACAUACAUACGAAAAGCCAAUGCACUACAGCUAUUGCUUGAGAGGAUGUCGUCUCUUCUCCAUCAUUGAAUUUGUGGAGGGUGCUGGUGAUGUCAAUUCGACAAAGGAUGCUUGUCUGAACUCCUGUCAAGAAGCCUAUCCCAAGGCAGAUGACCAGCAGGCAUGCAACAGUGGCUGCAUUAGUCAAGUGCCAUUUGCUGUCAAGAAACACAAAAUGAUGGAAGACGCCACCCAGAACAUUCAUCUGCUCUUCCCCAUGAUGUAUAUGCAGAGUAUGUGCAAUCGUUUCAUGGACAAUGUCGCUGCUCAUGUCUCUUACACCUCGGCGUACUUCAUGCAAGCUGACAACGGCCAAAUCGUAAUCGUCCGGUCCCAGCCAAAGGUUUAUACAGAAAUAAUCACAGGAGGAAACAAUGAAUAUCGAACCAAAAAUUACCUGGAGACGAAUCUGAUGGGUGUGGACAACUCGGCAACACCCAACCUAAAAAGUGCUCAGAUUCGACCCAAUGAUGCUCGAGAGAUAAACUAUGCGACCAGUGAAGACCAGGGCCAGAAUUCUGAUUGGUUGGAUUGUGUGUCAAGGAAAACGGGCCUUCCACGAUUACUAUUGAGCAUGACAAUAUUUUUGUCUGCAUUUUUUAUGAUCUGGUUGUGCUUCACGACAGCAGCUACUGCACCUGACCACAGAGUGCAGUCACAGAAACUUAGCAUCUAUGGUGAUCUGGAUUAUCUAAAAGAGAUAAAGGAUAAAGCACUGUUGGCUGGAUUCCAUCCUCAGGACAAGACUGGCAUAACUGAACAAGCACCUGCUCUACCAAUCAAGAUAAAUGUGGAAAAAAUUUAGAAAGUUACCUAACCCAGAAAUUGCUAAAGAAAUUAAAACUUGAAAGGACUGGGGAGAAUUUUUUCAAAUGUUAUCUCUCAAGAAAUUAUGGAAACACAAUGCAAUUUAAAACUAAUAUACAUGCAGUGGUGUCAGUGGUAUAAGAUUAAAAAAUUGUUUAGUUGACCUCAACCUUUUCAAGGAGAUCAAAAAUUGGAUCAGAACAUUCUGCUUUUCUUUCAAAUUCAUGUGAACACGCUACAUUGUCUACUGUCAAAAGACAUACCAAAUAGCACUUUGCACUCAUGAUGUAACAAUUACGAGUUACUCAGAUCUCAGACAAACUUCCACGUUGAGAGUCCUGAUGUCAUUGUUGCUGGUGUGACAUACUUUCUGAGCUCCUUUUUGCCUGAGUGCAGAGUGCUAGUGAAACUGUUUCUUAUUCAAUGAGAUGAGUUUUUAUGUUUGUUGAGUUUGACCAGAGUAACCAAGCAACCUAUGUGGUUCCUUCAGUCCCGUCCGAAGUGAAAUAGUACCGGUACUUCUUUAGACUGGUCAAUGUAGGUGUUAUGCUGAUAAUAAUCAAGUUGAAUCAUUUUGAAGUCUUGUGAGUCUUCAUGAUUGCUGGUUUUCCUAAAUGGGGUGAAAGUACAAAAUAUUUCGGUAUUGGAUGAAGUGGUGUUAUGCAGAUUUUUCAGCAGUCUCCUCCAUUGAAUCACACUGGCAAACAUUUCACCAUGCACAAGACUGUUAUAUUAUCAGUAAGACAAUAAGUCAACUUAAGUUAUAUAAACUACGGUACCAGCUUAAUUUGUCAUAAUAAUACUGCUACUAGUCAUUACGUGUCUGUACUAAUUCAUUUAACCAGAAUCUGUAGUGUGGUUUUGGCUAUCAUAUUUAAGCUUGUAAAUAUUAAUAAUAUAAACCUGAAAUGUAUGCGUCCCUUUUAUUUUUUCUGUGCUUAGAGAUAAUCACUAAUUGCAAAAGUAUUAGGUGGUGAAAAUGAAAAUAUAAUUCAGCAUUUACAAUUACAGUAAUAUCCUUCUUCUUGUAUCAUUGGAGUAAGUCUUAAUAAAAGUUGGAUUGGUUUAAAAAUGGGUGUAAGUGUGUAUCAUAACAAAAGUGUUAUCAUCAUAAUUCUAAUUCAUGAUAUGAUUACAAGUACACAUGUACCGUGAAUAUUGCUAAAAAUAUACACCAGAGCUUAACUGAUAGUUUUACUCUCAGUAUUCAUAUAACUAUUGAAUUGUGUGCACCAAUUUCGAAACGCUCUGAGGCAUCAAAAGACAAAAAAUUCUUUUUAUCUCAUAUUUUUGUGAUUUUCUGUAUUUUGACUAAGAGAUGAAGAGAAUAGCAUGUCACUCAGCAUUGAUGGUUUCAGGAUGCACAUUAUUAUUGAAAUUUGUCAAUUUCUUUGUUGUGAAGAUGUAACUACUUAUUUUUCUCAUAGGUGUAUCAUCACAUGCACACAGCUUAGGAAGGGUUUGGUGAUUUUUGUACACUUGCUUAUACAGUGUUGGAUGCAAUAUUAGAAUAAACCUUUAGUUAUUCUUGAUAUGACAAGUAAAAUACUUUAAUUCAUAUCAAAUUGAGAGAAUUAUCUUUGUCAUAAUUUAGGCCUGUGUCUCAAGCUUUAAAAUAUCUCUAGUUACAGCCAACUCUAAGCAUUGUUAAGGGUGCUUUUCCAUGUAAGAGUUAUUUCUGCAUAUCAAUCUUUUCAACAGCUGACAAAAGGAAUAACUCAUUUGCAGUCACCUUGAAAGAUGGUCCACUGGUGACUUUACUUCUGUUAAACAAACAAUUGAGGUGUGAUCUGUCCCAUAGAGCAGCAUCCUUUAAUAGCCUGACAAAAAUUGUUGCAGGAUUUCAAACUAGAGUUGGAGGCGGUGGUUGACUUCUGUCCUGAAAAUAUUUACUGAACUUAUUUUUGCUUCUUAAAUAUGGCGAGUGAUGAUAUCAAAGGGACUAUGUCAUCGGUAAGUUAUUAUUGACAACAAUGUGACCAUGCAAGAUCUUGUUGGAUUUCUCCAUGUGAGUCCUGUCAUUCAUACUUAACAGAAACAAGAAAUUUUGUCUGAGAAAGUGUAAAUUACAGCCUGCUGUAUGACAUAAUCCCUUUAAUAUAAGAAUCUGUAGAUAUCGGUGCAGUGUCUGCCAUUAGUGCUGUGUACAACUACUUCAUCAUAUAAUAAUAAAUAUACACAUCCUUUUAGA